AUGUCUCUGAACGAAGUCUGGGAGGCAGCUUCUGCAAGCCCCUUCUAUCCUCUUAUCGCCAAGGAUAGCCAGCUCACUGUCGGCUUUACUCUACUACUCGCUGCCUUUCUUCUCACCGGUCUCUUCGGCCUGAACCGUUCUCUUCUCAGCAUCGCCUCGUUCGGCGUCCCGGCGGCGUUGGCGUUUGGCUUCGGAGCCGUGUUCAUGAUCUGUGCCGUUGGAGUCUACGUUUGA